UGGUAAUGUGACGUGGGAUGUUCCCAAAUGUAUUUCUAAGGUGAGAUUGCGCUUGACACAAAGACGACAAUCAGGCCUUUUUUCCCAUCCACAUAAUCAUACAGAACCCCCAUCCUCUUCCUACCUAUCCACGUUUCAAACUUCGAAAGCAUGCACCCGUUCUGAUAUCAAGUUCAGACCACCCACAUUCCUCUCUCUCUCUCUCUCUCUCUCUCUCUCUGAACAAACUACCAGAGAUGCUAAACGUGCAUUCACUAACUUCAGGCAAUACCUUCCUGAGAUUACGUUCUGCAGAUUCCUCAUCACCACUGUGGCCUUUGCAACCGAAAUCUCAGUUCAGUGCGACAGUACCAAUUUGUUUUGCCUGCCUUAGGAAGCAUGCCUCCCGUCAAAGGCCAUUCAAUUGGAGGGUCGAAGGCGUUGCGAGAGAUGGGUAUCUACUAUUUCAUCAGAGGAGGGGCCUGAAGCCCCCUUCAGCAAUCCCUGGUCUUAGUAUAGGCAGUUUGGAAGGUCCUCAGUCCGUACUUGAAGCAGUUGCAAUCCUGACAGCGAUCAUCGUCGUGCACGAGAGCGGUCAUUUCCUGGCGGCCUACCUUCAAGGAAUCCAUGUGAGUAAGUUUGCAGUUGGUUUUGGCCCAAUUCUUGCAAAAUUCAAUGCUAAAAAUGUCGAAUAUUCCAUCAGAGCAUUUCCUCUUGGUGGGUUUGUGGGUUUUCCUGAUAAUGAUCCAGAGAGUGAUAUUCCGGUGGACGAUGUGAAUCUGUUGAAGAAUAGACCAAUUUUUGAUAGAGCUUUGGUUAUCUCUGCUGGUGUAAUUGCGAACAUUAUCUUUGCUUAUAUGAUCAUAUUUGUUCAAGUACUCGCUGUCGGGCUCCCUGUACAAGAAGCCUUGCCUGGGGUGCUUGUGCCGGAAGUGCAGGCUUCUUCUGCCGCUGCACGGUAUGGAUUGCAGUCUGGAGAUGUGAUUCUUGGAGUCAAUGGAAGCAAAUUGCUCAAAAGCGGUGCGUCUGUUUUCGACCUUGUUGAUAUAAUUAAGAAGAGCCCGAGCAAAACUGUGUCCUUCAGUGUGGAGAGAGGGAAAACAUCGUUGGAAAUCGAUGUUGUUCCGGACCUAAAUUCAGAUGGGACCGGCAGGAUCGGCGUUCAGUUAUCACCGCAUAUCAAGUUUGCAAAAGUGAAACCAGGGAAUCUUGCUCAAGCUGUAGCGUUCGCUGGAAAGGAGUUUUGGGGUCUUUCUUUCAAUGUAGUGGAUAGUUUGAAACAGACAUUUUUCAAUUUCUCACAGUCUGCAAGUAAAGUUUCAAGCCCUGUAGCGAUCAUUGCUGUUGGGGCAGAAGUAGCAAGGUCAAGCACUGAGGGUCUGUAUCAAUUUGCAGCUGUUCUGAAUAUCAAUCUUGCUGUGAUUAAUCUCCUGCCAUUGCCUGCUCUUGAUGGAGGAUCAUUGUUUCUGCUUCUUAUAGAGGCUGCCAGAGGAGGGAGAAAGUUACCACAGGAAAUUGAGCAAAGAAUUAUGUCUUCUGGCAUUCUGGUUGUCAUUACACUUGGGAUGUUUCUUAUAGUGCGUGAUACACUUAAUCUUGAUUUCAUUAGAGAAAUGUUGUGACAGAGGGCACUGGAAUAUGUAGAUAAACUUGAGACA